AUGAAAAGGGACUGUCACCUACCCUAUUACACGGCGCAGAGCGGCUCUGCCAUGGGCAUAUUCAACACCACCAUGGGGAGGCUGCAGCGCCAGCUGCACGAGGGGGAGUACGAAAUAUUCAAAUACGCCCCAGUCUUCGAAAGUGACUUUAUGCAGGUCACCAAAAGGGGAGAGGCGGUCGACAUGCACAACCGCGUCCAAAUGGUGACGGUGGGCAUCGUGUGCACCAGCCCCAUGCUCCCCCUCCCCGACGUCAUGCUCCUGGCCCAACCAGCCACCAGCUGCAAGGAGCAAGCCGCCAGGGACACCAAGAGGAGAGGCCGCAGAGCUAGCAAGGCUGUAGAGCUCACCAGGCUCGUGCCGUUGAAGUUUGUGAGGAUCUCCGUCCACAAUCGGGAGAAACAGCAGCUGCACCUGAAGUUUGCCACUGGCCGUUCUUACUACCUGCAGCUGUGUCCCCCUCGAAAUGCCCGGGAAGACCUCUUUACAUAUUGGGAAGAACUGAUGUAUCUCCUGCGACCCCCAGUGGAAGGUAUCAGCAAUACCCACGCCGUUCCCGCUGACGACAUGAUAUGCAUGCCCGUGUCUCAGGAAGAGGACAGAAGGAGCACAGCAAGUGCAGAUUUCUUUGGAAACGUGGACCAGGACCAAGUCAGCAUCAGGAGCCUCCACAUGGAGUCUGAGGUGUUUGGGGCCUCCUCGGCUGCUUUCACCGGUGGAGAGGGGAUCAAAUACACCUCCCAGAAACCCACUAGCACGCCUGACGUGUCCACCCCCAAACCCGCACAGCCUGCCAUAGGGGCGGCGUCUGGAGCAGCAGCAGGGGCGGCAGCAAAGGGCAGCUCAGCACGUGCCCGGGGUGUGACAGCACCUAAGUCCACAGCUUCUGAUGACAUCAACGCGGCGAUAGCAGGAGCAGCUGCCAAGGGCCCAGAAAGAAGCGGAAGCAGCAUGGCCAUCUCAGGUGUCACCAACGAUCCCUCAGUGAGUGUGAAGGUGGCCGUGGCAGGUGCUGCAAGCCAGACCUCAGAGAAUGCAUCCAGUACAGCGGUUUCCACCACUUUCUGUCCGGAGAGCAGCAUGAGUGUGGCGAUAGAAGAAGCGACAUCUGCCAACAAGACUGUGGCAACAACAGCUCAAGACUCAGCAGUGGGACCGCCUGCCCCCAUCUUGCUGAGUGAAGGCCACAAGACUGGACAGGAAGCAAGCCAGCGAGUCUCCCAGACGAAUGCGGAAGCCCGGAAGCCAAAAAGGGAAAGGAGGGAACGAAGGGCUAAGCACAGAGCCACGGGGAGGGAGAGCUCCCGCCCACCCAGGGCAGGUGAAAGGAACAAGACGAAGGCACCCAAGAUGGGCUCAAAAUUGUUGGGCUGGUUCUUGGCCAGCCGCAGAUCCACUAGAGUGGACCAAAAGGUAAAAAGCCGUGGCAGCCCAGGGGGCAGCAGGCGUGCUUCCACUCAAAGAAGCAGCAGCCGAACGCCCAGCACAAAAGAGUCUAGGGCAUCACAGAAAUCAGGGAGGAGCCUCUCCACAGGUAGUCGGGGCUCUGUGAACUCAAGACUCAGGAGGAUCAGCUCCUUCCUAAGAAACGUGAAAGCCAGCCUUGUAAGAAAAUCAGCAGCCUCGCCCCGCGGUACAGAAGUGGCCAUGCAUAAGGCAGUGGAGAGGAGCAGCAUGGAGGUCAUCCUGGAGACAGUGGAGAGUGACCGAGCGGUGACUAUCGGUGCCGUGACAGCUGAGACCGUGGAGUCGGUGACCCUUGAAGCCCGUGAAACAGCUGCAGAUGGAAACUGCAAAGAGGACCAGGGUCUAGGGGAGCACCCCCAUACAGCCCAUUCCAAGCCUUCCUCAAUGCAACUUACAUAA